GGAAGUCACAAAACGAACGAUAGCGGUAACGUGCUGUCGUUAGCGACGUUUACAGGUGAUAAACUGUUUAUGCUUUAGCAUUAUGCACUUGUAUUAGCGCAUUUAGAUAAUACUUUCUACUGUAGCAAUAUUCUUAACUAUACACAGAGAGUUUUUGUAGACCCCAUCUCUUUAAGAGAAUAAAAUUCUUAAGCCGAGAGCGGUAGCUAUCGUCAGGAUUUUAGUCAUGUAUCUGCUUUAUUUGAUGCUUUAGCUCGAUUUUUAGUCGUCUCCAGCUGGUUCAUAAGAAGUUAGUAUGUCGUCUGAUCUGGCUGGUGUGUGGGAAGUGGCGCUGAGUGAUGGAGUCCACAGAAUUGAGUUUGAACAUGGCACAACUACGGGCAAAAGGGUAAUCUACGUGGAUGGAAAGGAGGUUCUGAGACGGGAGUGGAUGUUCAAACUCGUUGGGAAAGAGACGUUCAAUGUGGGCCAGUCAGAAACCAAAGCAACCAUCAAUAUUGAUGCAGUCAGCGGUUUUGCCUAUGAAUACACCUUGGAGAUCAAUGGGAAGAGCUUGAAGCAGUACAUGGAGAACAGAUCAAAGGUCACCAGCACUUGGCUCCUCAAUUUGGAUGGUACUGACUGCAGAGUUGUCCUAGAAAAAGACACUAUGGAUGUGUGGUGUAAUGGGGAAAAGAUUGAGACUGCAGGAGAGUUUGUGGAUGAUGGUACGGAGACACAUUUCACUCUUGGGGAUCACAACUGCUGUGUGAAAGCUGUAAGCAGCGGGAAGAGACGAGACGGGAUCAUUCACACGUUGCUCGUGGACGGCACAGAGAUAGCUGAAUGCACAGAGUGACACCUUUACAUGUGUGACGGCAGAGAUCUGCGGCUUGGCGUCUGCGAGCGGGUGUGUCUUUGUAGAAAAACCUUCAAACUGUUGAGUGAGAGACCAACUGAGAAACCUUCUGCAGGGGUAAGAAUGCUACGUCGUGCAGGGAAUAUUAGCCAUAUAUUUUGAUUUAUAAUGAAUACGGUCAAAGUUGAUGUCAUAAUCUUUAAGCUUUGCAGUUUUAGAGGAGCUAAUACAUCCAGAAAAGUCUGCCGCAAAGUAGGAUCCGCUGUUUCAAGAGAUUUAGCCUUAAAUACAAUUGCAUCCUUUACGGUAUACACUCAGUUCCAUUAACAAAAUGAACAUAGUCACUACAGGGGUCACAUUUGGUGCACCUGGCCAUGCUCGGUUGCACGUGCUCCUUCGAUUGAAGAUGUGCACAGUGUAAUUAGAUGCACAGUUAGUGAUUUACAGCCCCACAGGAGCUCUGUCUGAUGCCUCAGUAUGAACUGUGUAAAAAUGUUCAAAACAUUCUGCUACUUCUAACUUUCUCUUUGCAAGACCACUGUGCUCAACUCACAGCACAGACAUCUUUAAGUACUUAAAAGAUGAUGCUACACUUGUGUAAUCAGGAUGUUAUUUGUUCAGUGACGUACCACGUAAUAUGUUGUGAUGAUUUCCAGUCCAAAUUUCUGUCUCUAUUUUCUAACGAGACAAAAUUAUGUGAAUGAAGCUAUUUCUUUUUGGAAAUUUGUAUUUGGAAAUACUAAUACUUCACAAAUUCUUUAAAAACAUGCUCGCUCUCUCUCUUGUGGUCUCUUUACAGCUUCUUCAUCCUCUGUGGUUAGGAUGAGCACGAUGUGCAGUGCACACACUAUACAUUGUAUAAAUGCUGGGUAGAGAUUUGAGUCGUAUAGACACUAUAGUCUUCGAGAAGUUCCAUUCUGUAUGAUUAACAUACUUGAAUUAUUAUGAGUCUAUUUGUGGUUAAAGUCAAACAGACUUUUUUUAGUUUCUGCUAAACAGAUUUCUCACAGAUGUGGUUAUGUUUAAAAACCUUUCUCCCCCUACAAACCUUUUCCUCUGUGCUUUUCAUGCUAACUUUCCGGUGUUGACUAAUGUUAAACAGUACCUGUUACAGCAUCGUACAUGUGGCCUGUAGGCUCCGCGUGUUGCUACAUUAAAUAGUCUCUGGUUUAUUGGUGAAAUAGUAGCGUAAGUUGCAAACUUUUAAUAGACUGCUGUAGACGUUUAAGGGUGUGUUUCUGCAGCCAAGUGUCUACAGCGGCGUCAUGGACAAUCAUUCAGAUGUGUCAGUGUUUACUGUGGAAAGUCUCAGCUGCUGUAACCUUCUGAUUCUGCAGACUUCUGUGUUGAAAUCUGAUGUGAUGUCACGUCGUUUGUCCCGUUUUUCUUGUGAAAAUCAUAGGUUUCUUUUUUACAAAAAAAAACAAAGCUACAUUUACUUUCUCAUUUUUAUCUCACGGUCGACAAGCACGACCACAUCUGUAUUUUUGAUCAAAUGAUGAAACGCUGCUGAAAAGGCCAGUUCGUUGAGAAAGGGAAUAGUUUUUCUCAUGAGACACUUUCUGAGUCCACAGUGAUGUAUUUAAAUGCUCAGCAGACUGUGCUGUGAUUUUUUCUGUUCUAUCAUUAAGAAAAUCCCCUGUACGAAAGCUCCAUGCAUAUACAUACAUUUCUGUCUGUAAAAUGUAAAUUACAUUUAUUUAAUUAAAUCUAUGUAGCUGAUAUAAUUUUACUGUCAUAUGGGUAUUAUUUCAAAACAAUUGUGGGCAAAGUGAUUUUAAGUACUUUAUUUAGUUGUAUCCGAACUGGUUAUAAACAUAUAGCUUUUUCUGUAUUCACAUCAACAGCUGCUAUGCAGUUUGGUUACAACCAAUGUUUAUACCAAAGCUCUCAUCUGCUAAAUGAAGAAUCAUGCUAUAUAUAAACUUACUUGAAGCUAUCUUACAUCACUUCAUAGGUAUUUGCAUAAAUGGUAACGUGAUGCCAUUAGUUCCUUAUCAGAAGCAAAAAGAAAAAAGUCUUUGAUUGGUAUAUGAUUGGUUACAUGUAUUUAUAUGCAAAUUAUUUACUUGGUUUGCAAACUGUUUAGCACCCAAAAUGAAAUAUCAAACACAGCAAUCAUAAAAUACAGACUUAACCUAAGAAAAAACAAACCCAACUGUGAUGAGGUCCGAAAAUCAAAUCAAAAUGCUCAAUCAGUGUUUUUCUAUAGUGACAAAUUUUUUUUUACAAGUGGACUAUGGAUCUUAUAUGCAUUAAGAAGAUUUUGUAGAAGGUCACAGAAUGUCUAGUUAACCUUUGAUAAACAUAUAUAUUUAGUAAGAAAAUGGGUUUUUAUGGUUGUCUUUCAAUGAAUCAAAUGAGACAUUUUUUCAAAAGACAUUAUUUCUUAUUUUGAAGAGAAACUACCGGUAACCAU